GACACAACUCCCUGCGCAUUAUUGUUGCCAAAGCCCGAGUCCCCAUACAAUAUCACCUGUCAAUUUGAGUACUCAAGACUUGAAGAGAGAAAAAAGAAAAAUCUUUUCAGCACCCCUUCACCUUCUCCCCGUGAGUUGUGUGUUCCAGCUUACACACACACAACACACACUUACAUAUACGUAAAUGUAGAAAAACAUGUGUAUAAAUCCAACGCCCUUGUGUAUUUUUUGGUUCUUGAUGUAUGUGACAUGGUUUUGAUUCAUAUUCUUGGACACUUAGGAAAUGUCAUCGGAGAUUAUUUUGGUUUUCUUAUUGUUAUACGUUUCAGUUAUUUAUUCGUUCUUCACCGGACAAGAAUAAGUUCAUAUCACUGAAAACUCGCCAGUGAGUUACUGGGUGUUGAGGGUUUGCAAGAAUGUCCACGCUAACAGUGGAUACGGUACAAAAUGGUCUUAUUAGGAAGGUCGAUUCAUCAGCCAGUGUGCAUGAAUUAGGAGAAUAUGAAAUUUCAAGGUUACUUGAUCGACCUAAAAAUUUGAAUUUGGACAGACAGAGAUCAUUUGAUGAAAGGUCUCUUACUGAUUUGCCAUCAGCGUUAUCUCCGCAUCCACUUCCUAGACCAGAUGUCUUCUGUCGAGCUUUUGACAAUGCAGACAGUCUGUAUUCACCUGGUAAACGGUCUGGGUACAAUACUCCCACGUCUCAGUUUGGCCAUGGCAUGGCCUUCGAGCCACAUCCGAUGAUAGGUGAGGCUUGGGACAAUUUAAGACGAUCAAUGGUUUGCUUCCGCGGUCAACCUGUUGGGACAAUUGCUGCAUUAGACAACUCUGAAGAAAAACUCAACUAUGAUCAGGUAUUUGUUAGGGACUUUGUUCCGAGUGCAUUGGCAUUUCUAAUGAACGGCGAACCUGACAUUGUGAAAAAUUUUAUCCUGAAGACCCUUCGCCUUCAAUCGUGGGAAAAAAAAGUUGAUCGGUUCCAUUUGGGAGCAGGUGUUAUGCCAGCCAGUUUUAAAGUAUUACAUGAUCCUAUCAGGAAUACAGAGACAUUGAUAGCAGAUUUCGGCGAGAGUGCAAUUGGAAGAGUGGCUCCCGUCGAUUCUGGCUUUUGGUGGAUUAUAUUACUACGAGCAUACACUAAAUCUACGGGAGAUACUUCCUUGGCUGAGAUGCCUGAAUGCCAGAAGGGCAUCCGCCUAAUCCUGAGUUUAUGCCUCUCAGAAGGAUUCGACACCUUUCCAACACUUCUUUGCGCUGAUGGGUGCUGUAUGAUUGAUCGUAGAAUGGGUGUUUAUGGAUACCCGAUCGAGAUACAAGCACUUUUUUUCAUGGCUCUAAGAUCAGCCAUGUUUUUACUGAAGCAAGAUGGUCCAGGAAAGGAGCUUAUAGAACAAAUCGUUAAGCGUCUCCAUGCAUUGAGCUAUCACAUGAGAAGUUACUUUUGGCUGGAUUUAAAGCAGCUUAACGACAUAUACCGGUACAAAACUGAGGAAUAUUCGCACACAGCAGUCAACAAGUUCAACAUCAUGCCUGAUUCGCUGCCAGAAUGGGUUUUUGAUUUUAUGCCUCUGAGUGGAGGAUAUUUUGUUGGGAAUGUUGGCCCUUCAAACAUGGAUUUCCGUUGGUUUUGCUUGGGCAAUUGCGUAGCCAUCCUUUCAUCCUUAGCAACGCACGAACAAUCAACUGCUAUAAUGGAUCUUAUCGAGUCACGCUGGGCAGAGUUGGUCGGAGAAAUGCCGCUCAAAGUUUGUUAUCCGGCUAUCGAGAAUCAUGAGUGGCGCAUCGUUACCGGAUGUGAUCCCAAAAAUACUAGAUGGAGUUACCACAAUGCUGGGUCAUGGCCAGUGCUGUUGUGGCUCCUGACAGCAGCAUGCAUCAAGACGGGGCGGCCCCAGAUUGCUAGGCGUGCUAUUGAACUUGCUGAAACCAGGUUGUCGAGAGACAGUUGGCCAGAAUAUUACGACGGAAAGGUUGGCCGGUUCGUCGGGAAGCAAGCUCGUAAAAACCAAACGUGGUCGGUCGCAGGCUACUUGGUCGCCAAGAUGUUGCUCGAAGAUCCUUCCCAUUUGGGGAUGAUUUCGAUCGAGGAAGACAAGCAGCUGAAACCCGUCUUGAAGCGAUCAGCGUCAUGGACCUUUUGAUGAUCUCAAACUUAAGUCUCUUUUUUUUCUGCUAACAUGUUUGAAUUAAAACAUUCCAUUAAUUUCUCAAAAGAAGAUUGGAUAUAAUUUGGAAGAGAAAUGAGGUAUGUAGUGUUAGGAGCAGCAGAGAGUGUAGGGAUUUUGUUUCUGGUUCUUGAUGUGAUGAAAACUUUAUAGUUUUGUAUUUGAGUUAGUAAUAACUUGAUUCUUUUAGGCUGUCUGAAAAACAGUGUCUCAACUAUUAGUGGUGGCGGUGGUGGGUGUUGGAUAAUGGCAUGAUAAGGUGGAUUCCAAGUGCAACAGCUCCCUUUUAUUCAUUUAUAUUUUCAUUUGCUCCUUU